AUGACCGUGGUUUGCGCGCUGCAGAUAUCGCUGCGCCGUGAGCUGCCCCUGGUGAAUGCAGACGGGGAUCACACCUGCAGUGGUUCCAUCAUCGGAGAGCAGUACGUGUUGACAGCGGCACACUGCGUUGGUGGGCCUUCCGCAUCUCCGUCAAAGUUCAGGGUAAUUGUCGGGGAACAGAAUGUCCAUCAAAAAGACGACACUGAAGAAAGUCGCAAAGUUGAAAGCAUCACGACACAUCCAAACUGGGACAGUAAAACGUUGAACUACGACUACGCAAUUUUGAAGCUGAAUGCUCCGCUGAACUUCACUGGAAGACACAGGCACAUGAUGCCUAUCUGCCUGCCGCAAAAGGACCAGAGCUUCGAAGGGCAGACUUGCACUGCGAGCGGAUGGGGACUGGCCAGAAACGGCAGUGAGGGAGGCGUGUAUCGGCCGUCCAAGCUCCAGAAAGCAGACCUGCCCAUUGUGGCGCACGACGCCUGCAGGGAAUACUAUGAGGGCGUCAACCAAGUACACGACAGCACCAUGAUCUGCGCGGGUCUCGUUGGGAGCGGCAAGGGGGCUGCCAAGGAAACUGCUUCAUUUUUGAUCCUGAGUGCAAAUGCGUGCGAAUCUCCAAACGCGUAUACACGAGGUAUAAGAAGUUAA